AUGGAGGUUCUGCUCUCUGCAGUUGCCAGCGACCUCGUCGGCCGGCUGGUCUCCUUCCUCAUCAGCAAGUUCGCGGAGCCAGGCUCCACCGACGACGUCGUCAGGCUGCAGCGAUCGCUGCUACGAGCCCACGUCGUCGUCGAGGAGGCCGAGGCGCGUCAGCUCACCAGCCGGGCGAUGCUGCUGCAGCUCAACCACCUGCGGGGAGAGAUGUGCCGGGGCUCCUACGUCCUCGACGCCUUCCGGCGGCGAGCCGCCUUGCCCGGUACGGUCGCUCGCUUUCCUUCGGGCAGAGAUGCCGCAGGUGGGUUGUCCCUGUCCGUUGCGGUGGAAAGCAUGGAAGCUGCGCUGGGCGACAUGAAGGAGUUCGUCGUGCUCCUCGGCGGCUGCCCCCGCGUCGGCCGGCAGCCGUACAGCGCCUACCUGUUCAUGGAGAGCUGCAUGUUCGGGCGGCAGAUGGAGAAGGAGCAGAUCGUCAGCUUCCUGCUGCAGCCUGCUCGGGAUCUGGAUGUCCUCCCCGUCAUCGGCCCUCACGAGGUCGGCAAGCGGACGCUGGUCGAGCACGCGUGUCUCGAGGAGAGGGUGCGAGACCACUUCGCCAAGAUUCAUCGCCUCUGCGGUGACGAUCUCGACGUGCAGGGCCAGGAGCCUCUUCGAGGUUUGGUCGACACAGAUCAAAGGUCCCUGAUCGUGAUCGACUUCGCCGGCGGCGACAAGGAUGAGGAGCGUUGGAGGGGGUUCCAAUCGUCCCUUCGCCGCCGCGCGCACGGGGAGAGCAAGAUCAUAGUCAUCAGCAGGGCGGAGAGGCACUCGGGCCUGGGCACCGUGCCGCCGCUCAGGCUGCGCGCGCCGCGCCGGGAGGAGCUCUGGUACCUGUUCAAAGCGUUGGCGUUCGGAGGCGCCGACCCGGAGGAGCGCCCGGAGCUCGUGCGCGUCGCCACGGCGCUGUUCGCGGGCAUCCCGGACCUCACGUCGUUCGCCGCGGUGAGCAAGACCUCCGCGUCGCUCCUCGCCGACCUGAGCGCGCGGUCCUGGCGUCGCGUGCUGAGGGUGUCCGUCGGGGUGACGGCGUUGCAGCUCGGCGCCGCCGUCCCCGGGGGUCGUGGCCGUCCGGAGGAGAAGGCGGCGUACUACCACCCCGGCGUGCCGGUGAAGGGUGGCCGUAGCGCGCCGUGCUUGUUCUACAACAGGCGCAAGUCGACGGGCGUGUCGCGGAGCGAGCUCCCGAAGGUGACGAUGCUGGACGUCGCCGGCGGCGCCGUCCCGGCCGGGGAGAAGCGGUUCGACGUGCUGGUGUGGCAGUCCCGCAUCCCUCCUUACGCAAGCUACGUCGCGACGUGCGACAUGGAGAGAGCCGCGCAGGUGGAGAUCGGCAAGAGACGUCUUGUGAACAAGAGGAAGAGAGGCCAACUGGUGUCGAAAUUAUCUGUAACCCUAGUUGCAUGA